CAAAUAGUCGUUGAGCCGUGAGCGUAGUAUUUUUUAUUUAGGAUUAGUAUUUAAUAAAAUAUACACUGCAACAAAAUAGAUACAACACCAAGUACAUCUUAUUAUUUUUUCUUUGUCAAGUUUGGUGAUAACGCCGUAAAUUUGCCAAAAUGAGCUUCUCAUUUGGGCAAGCCGCCACAACCGCCAAUACUUUUGGGACUCCCACAGCUGCUACUGAUAACAAACCAAAUCUGUUUGGAAGUCCAACUACAAGUACACCCGGCUUCGGUGCUUUUUCCUUUGGAGCUAAAACCACUGCGGCGCCAAGUCUUUUUUCAACUCCAACUGCCACCACUGCCGCUCCAGCUUUUGGUGCUGCUAAACCUAGUUUUGGCUUCACUUCACCACCAAAUCAAACAGUAGGCAGCCCUGGAUUUGGACAACCAGCACAACAGCAAUCUACGCCACUGUUUGGUGGUGGCCAACAGACCCAAACUCCUGCGUUUGGUGGUGGCCAACAGACCCAAACUCCUGCGUUCGGAGCACCCGCUACACAAGCGACAGUGACCCCAUUUGGCACACCGCAGGCUUCAUCAUUCUCCUUCAAGACUGGCACGGGACUUACAACACCCGCUUCUGGGUUCUCAGCACCCCAACUGUCUACGGCACCCACGUCGACUGCGCCGCAGUCAACACAAUCCGCAUUCAGUCUCGGGACGGCCACAAGUAAUGCGCCGGCCUUUGGGCAGGCGGCGGGCAAGCCGGCGUUCAGCUUCGGCGGACUUACCGCUACCACUACUAGCGCUGGUGCUGCGCCAACUUUUGGGGGUGCAAGUGGAUUUUCUUUCGGUGGAGCUGCAACCACAAGUGCCCAACAGCCACCAGCGUUCGGUCAAGUGGCAACCCCAGCACAACAAACGCCACAGUUCGGUCAACCCGCUCAAACCACAGCUCAACCUUUCGGUGCCACCCAAUCCGGUUUCAACCUGACUCCUCAGACCACACAAAGUGGACAAUCCUUUGCUACCAGCACGCAAAGUCAACCUUUAAACUUCGCAGCCGCGCCGACAACCCAAGCUCCCAGUUUCGGCGCACAAACAACACAAGCAACUUUGUCCUUUGGUACCAAACCACAAACAACGUCGGCUCUGUCGUUUGGUACCCCACAAACUAGUCAGCCGUCAUUCGGAGCGGCGACGACGCAACCGGGCUUCGGAGCAACCACGCAAAGCCAGCCGACCUCCCUAAGUCUUGGUACCUCGCAACCCAGUCUAAGUUUUGGUACCACGGCGCAAACUAGCCAGCCGGCUAGUUUUGGGACAGCACCGAGCACUCAAGCAGCGACGAUUCAGCCAACUGCGAGUUUUGGAACAACUCCAACGACUCAAAGCCAACCCAGUCUAAGUUUUAGUACCACCCAAACAGGGCAAAGUCAGCCGACUCUAAGUUUUGGUACUAAGCCAGCAACCACAAGCGCGGCUCCGCUCACUGGAGGGUUAAACUUUGGGGCAACCACAACCAGUGGAGGGCUCAGUUUUGGUACCACAACAACCACGGCUAGCACGGGACUCAGCUUCAGCACGUCAGGUGCUCUGUCUUUUGGUAAAACGGCAACCACUUCAGGAACAACAUCAACAUCUGCGCCGUCCGGUAUUACUGCGCUGGGACAAUCCAGCACAAGCGCAGCAUUGCCUACACUCAGCACCGCAACAACCACAACAGCGGCCAUUACCGCACCGGCGGCGAUAUCUUCAGUGACGUUCGCGCAAUUAGAGGAGAGCAUCAACAAAUGGACUCUGGAGUUGGAGGAGCAGGAGCGGACCUUCAUCGGCCAGGCCACGCAGAUCAACGCGUGGGACCGCCUGCUUAUAUCCAACGGAGAAAAAAUAGUGGAACUCAAUGAUGCAGUAGAGACGGUCAAGAACGAGCAACAGAGUUUGGAACACGAACUGGACUUUGUGCUCGCUCAGCAAAAGGAGUUAGAACAGUUGUUAGCGCCGCUUGAGAAGCAGUUAGCUGACGGGGCUGAUAGAAUGAGAGAUCCGGAGAGAGAACACAUGUAUUCUCUUGCGGAAACCCUGGACACACAGCUGCGUCAGAUGUCAGAAGACCUGAAGGAAGUUAUUGAACAUCUGAACGAAACCAACAGGAGUCAAGACAGCAAUGAUCCUAUUGUCCAAAUCGGUCGUAUUCUCAACGCGCACAUGUCGUCGAUGCAGUGGAUAGACAACUCCAUAGCUCAGAUCACGGACAAGCUGGACACGUUGAAGGCGACGCACGAUACCCUGAGGAGGGACAACGAGAGAUCGUUCCAUCUCACUUAUAACUAAGCGAAUAUGCCUGAUUUCUGCCAGCCCCUGGGCGAGAUUUCACCACAAAUAAAAAAGUGAGAUUUCACCACAAGUAAAAAAGCGAGAUUUCACCACAAAUACCUCCAAAAAGAAACUUUUUGUUUUUGUAGAAAAGCCGUUACUGCGAGCUUUUUUCGCAGGAUCUUUUUUACUUAGAUUGGUUAAUUUUUUGACGCUAGCCAAUCAAAAGCGAUAGUGGAUAGAUGACCACUGUUAUUUGUCCAAAAACUUAGGCGCCAUGGGUCUUGUUACACCUACCGAGAGUGGCGAGACAGUGCUCU